CGAAGCGCGAGAUUUGCCGCCGUUUCUCUCAGAUUAUUGUGUUAUUUUCUAUUUGGGCGCCAGAUGCAAUUUAUUGUGGCCUUCGUGACACGUUGCACGUAGUCAAAUCACAAAUGCCGUGGGUCACAUAGGUUAAAAUAUAUCUGUUAUCCAAGUUCAAGGCCUAUUUCAAAACGCAUUCAGAAUAUAAUGUCUCAAAUGAAAUCAGUGGGCUCCGCUGCACGUUUGGCGGGCUCUCGGCCCUUCAGAGUGUCCAUCGAAGGCAACAUUGGCUCAGGGAAGUCGACUUGUAUCAAGUUCUUUCAGAAAAAUCGCAACGUUGAGGCACAUCCGGAACCCUUGAAUGAAUGGAGGAAUGUUGGUGGCCACAACCUGCUGGGACUGUUGUAUGGGAAUGUGCACAAGUGGACCUUCCCGUUCCAGCACUAUGUACACCUGAGCCGCCUCAAGAUACAGAUUAGCCCACCCUCGCACCCGGAGAUCACUGUCAAAAUGUUUGAGAGAUCAGUGCAGAACAGCCGGCACUGCUUUGUAGAGAACGCCAAGAAACAGAAUUAUUUGGAAGAUGCGGAGUACCAGGUACUGAUGACGUGGUUUGAUUACUCUGAGAAAAAUCUUGACAUCAGCCUGGACCUUAUUGUAUACUUGCGGACGACGCCACAAGUGGUGUACGAUCGCAUGCUGAAGCGAGCGCGCGCCGAAGAGGCCGAGAUACCCCUCGAAUACUUACAAGAGGUACACGAUUCAUACGAGAAUUGGUUGAGCUCUGGGUCCGUGGGCUGCGAGGUGCUCACCAUCGACGCGGACCGCGGCCUCGACCGAGUCGUGGAGGACUUAGAACGCUACUCAUACAAGAUCCUCGGUGGGAACCACACCAACUGACACCGGAAACUCCAGAGG